AUGCCCAUGGAAUUCGCGCCCUUUUCGGAGGCUCUGGAUACAUGGCACCGGAGACGGUACUGGAGUGCAGCCGGCUUGGAAAGCAGUGUGUGUACGGCUGCAUACACUGCCCGACGAGGAGGACCCGUGAUGGGUACUGGAGUGGGCAAGACGAUAAUGAAUAAUCAGCCCUUUAUGCACAUUUCUCUUGCCGAGCGAAGCGGCCAGUCCGGUAUUAACCUGCGUUUUAUUAACCGCUACCGUGAUACCUGGCCGCCGGCGAUCCAGUGCCUGAGCGGCGGUAUAUUAGACUUGAUGAAGCUGUUUUCGUAUGUCUUCCCGCUUGAAAAGGCCGAGGAUGCCCUGCACCUCUGCGCUGAUGCUCGGAACGGCAGCAUCAAGGUAUUGGUCGUGGACGAACAGGAGGAUUCAUUAUAG